CUGGACAGUGUACGCGGUCCUUGAAGCAGCGCAACUGUCUAGUCGAGCAAGCCACCUUUGCGCGCAGGGCAAUUCGAUCUCUUCGCCAUAUACACGCAAGCUGCAGCUUCACCGGACCCGACAUACCACCCACGGCCGAGUUCGCAACCGAUACACGUAGCAUCCCACCUUCUACGGCCACCCAAGGGCACCGCGACCUGACGGUGCACGAACAUCCACCGCCAUUGCUGCUGGCAAUAGACACCGCAUACGUACAUAGUAGCGGGCACAGCUAGUCCGGCAAAAUGGCGACGUUUCUCGAGAAUGCGUACAGUCUGGUGCACCAGGACAAUGCAGCCGACGUACCCUCCGAGAACGAGCUCAAGACAGCCUUGGAGAAGGGCAGCGACGAGCAGAAGAUCGAGACAAUGAAGAAGAUCCUGGCUAUCAUGCUCAACGGCGACCCAAAGACGGGCCUGCUCAUGCACAUAAUACGAUUCGUCAUGCCCAGCAAGUCGAAACCGCUCAAGAAGCUCAUGUACUUCUUCUUCGAGGUAUGCCCGAAGCAUGAUGCCCAGGGCAAGCUGCGGCAGGAGUGGAUUCUUGUUUGUAACGCUAUUCGAUUCGAUCUGCAGGCGCCGAACGAAUACGUCCGAGGAAACACACUGCGCUUUGUCACAAAGUUACGAGACGCAGAGCUUGUAGAGCCGCUGCUACAACCUGUCCGCCAAUGUCUCACCCACCGACACGCAUACGUCCGCAAAAACGCUACCUUCGCCAUCGCAUCUAUCUUCACUCACCUUCCUGAGCUCAUGCCCGAUGCGCCCGAUCUACUUACCACAUUCCUUGACGACGAGAACGACCCAACCUGCAAGCGCAAUGCUUUCGCCGCUCUCACAUCGAUUAGCCACGACAAGGCUCUCGAAUAUCUGAGUACCGUCUUCGAUGCAAUCCCGAACCACGAAGAGCUUUUGCUCCUUGCUGAGCUCGAGUUCAUCCGCCGAGAUGCCGCUAUCAACCCAGGCAACAAGGCCAAAUACCUGCGCCUGAUCUUCGAUCUUCUCGAGUCCCAGGUGUCGACCGUCGUCUACGAGGCCGCGCACGCCCUGACGACACUCACAAGUAACCCUGUAGCUGUCAAGGCUGCUGCAGGGAAGUUCGUGGAGCUGGCCGUUAAGGAGCCUGACAACAAUGUCAAGCUCAUCGUGCUGGAGCGCGUCAACCAAUUGAGGGACAAGAAUGAGGGUGUUCUGGACGACCUGACCAUGGAGAUUCUCCGCGUCCUGUCGAGCACCGAUCUCGAUGUGCGCAAGAAGGCUCUGCACAUUGCCAUGGAGAUGAUCUCCAGCAGGAACGUCGAAGAGGUGGUGCUGCUCCUGAAGAAGGAGUUGAUGAAGACCGUUGAUGAGCAGUACGACAAGAAUUCCGAGUACAGGUCCAUCCUCAUAUCCGCCAUUCACCAGGCUGCCAUCAAGUUCCCAGAAGUCGCCGCAAGUGUCGUUGGUUCGCUCAUGGACUUUAUCUCCGACGUCAGCAGCAACGCAUCGGCCGUUGAUGUUAUCUCUUUCGUCAAGGAGGUCGUCGAGCGCUUCCCAGAUCUCCGCCCAUCCAUCAUCGAGCGCCUCGUCUCGACCCUUGGCGAGGUUCGCGCAGGAAAGGUCUACCGAGGUGUUCUUUGGAUCGUUGGUGAGUAUGCGCUCGAGGUCAAGGAUAUCCAAGAUGCAUGGAAGGGCAUCCGAUCAUCUCUGGGCGAGAUACCUAUCCUUGCCUCUGAACAAAGACUACUGGACGACGCGUCAGAAGGCAAGGACGGCGAUGACCAGGUCAACGGACACACUAAGGCCGUGGCUCCGACAGGUUCGCGAAAGGUUCUGGCUGACGGCACGUAUGCGACCGAAAGUGCACUCACAUCUUCGGCUGCCGCCAAGGCGAAGCUGGACGCUGUCAAGAACUCGCAAAAACCUCCUCUGCGUCAGCUUGUACUCGAUGGCGACUACUACCUCGCUACCGUCCUCUCGAGCACGCUCACCAAGCUUGUCAUGCGAUACUCAGAACUCUCGCAGAACGCUGCACGGACAAACGCUCUGCGCGCGGAGGCUAUGCUCAUCAUGAUCUCGAUUAUCCGCGUUGGGCAGUCUCAAUUUGUCAAGACUCUUAUUGACGAGGACUCUGUCGACCGUAUCAUGUCAUGUGUACGAUCGCUAUCAGAGUUCUCGCAGAAGAAGGAGCUCGAGAGAGUGUUCUUGGAAGACACACGAAAGUCUUUCGCGACUAUGGUUCAGACAGAAGAGAAGAAGCGUGCAGCGAAGGAGGCCUCAGAGAGGAUGAAGUCGGCUGUCAAUGUUGACGACUCCUUCAGCAUUCGUCAGCUCAAGAAGAAGGAUGCUGACGGUAACGACGAGAUCGAGCAAGAUUUGGAGAGGGCCACAGGAGGCGACACCGCAACUGAAGAUCUCUCAUCGAAACUCAGCCGCGUGGUCCAACUCACCGGUUUCUCGGAUCCUGUCUACGCCGAAGCCUAUGUCAAGGUCCAUCAAUUCGACAUUGUACUUGAUGUACUCCUUGUCAACCAAACGACCGAGACACUACAGAAUCUCACAGUCGAGUUUGCAACUCUCGGUGAUCUCAAGGUUGUCGAGCGACCACCAACGCAGAACGUUGGCCCACACGACUUUAUCAACCUGCAGUCUACUAUCAAGGUUUCUUCGACCGACACCGGCGUCAUCUUCGGCAAUGUGCUAUACGAAGGCGAGAAGGGCGUCGAUUCCAACGUGGUCAUCUUGAACGAUGUGCACGUUGACAUCAUGGACUACAUCAAGCCUGCACAGUGCACAGAGACACAGUUCCGGACGAUGUGGACCGAAUUCGAGUGGGAGAACAAGGUCAACAUCAACUCCAAGGCCAAGACGUUGCGCGAGUUCCUUAAGCAGUUGAUGGCUUGCACGAACAUGAGUUGCUUGACACCAGAAGCAUCGAUGAAGGGUGACUGUCAGUUCUUGUCUGCCAACUUGUAUGCCAGGAGUGUGUUUGGCGAGGAUGCUCUGGCCAAUUUGAGUAUAGAGAAGGAGGGUGACAACGGCCCAAUCACUGGAUUCGUUCGUAUCCGCAGUCGAUCGCAAGGGUUAGCGUUGAGCUUGGGGUCGCUGAAAGGAUUGAACAAGGUUGGUGUUGCUUGAGCGGGCUGUUGAUCGGGUAUGAUUAUGAUAAUGCGGUGCGCCAGCAAAAGUUUGGGCGCAGGAAGUUAGAACUGUCAAGCAUUGCUCGUCGCAUGUUGGCGUAUGUAGUCAAAGACACAAGUCACUACGAA